CGACAUACUUUCUCGUAAUAACGACAUAGUUGUUUACAGUAAAACGUCAUCUUCUCGCGGGACAUUUCAUUCUCGUCUUGAUGACCUGUGGGAAAAGAUGGAGAAUCAGCGGGAGCCUCUUUAUUCCUUUUAAGGGAUAGAAAUGUGUCAGAGGACAGAAUUUCCACCAUGAGGAAUGACAAAAUCGACAUCUCUGAGGCUGGACGAAGAAACACUACCUGAAGAUUUUGAGAGGAUUAAGAAAACCUACUGACUGACUUCCUUCAUGGAUGCAGAUAGAGGACAUUUGCAUUCUCUAAUUAAAGUGUACUUUUCAAUGGGGUUAAACCAUAGAGAAAUACUGCUUUCACUCAGCGCUGUUGAUAGAAUAAUAAUCAGCCUUCGGACUCUUCGAAGAAUCUUGUCAACACUGAGACUUCACAGAAGAAAAAACCAAAGUGACGUUCUUGACAUUGCAUUAUUUCUUAUUGGACAACUGCAGACUUAUGGUCAAUUUAAUGGAUACAAACUGCAACAUCUUAGAUGUAUACAGGAGGGAUUUGUUGUCACCCAGAACACAGUGAGACAGUUAAUCAAAAUUCUGGAUCCCAGAGGUGUUGAGUUGAGACAACGUAAUCGUCUCCGUCGUCGACUGUAUUGUAAUCCUGGACCAAACUUUAUUUGGCAUGUGGACUCUUAUGAUAAACUGAAACCAUAUGGAAUUUGUCUGAAUGGGGCUGUGGAUGGGUUUUCCAGAAUGGUUAUCUGGCUUCAUGCAUACUCUACAAACAGUAAUCCUAAAAUUAUUGCUGGAUAUUUCAUUUCAGAAGUUGAGAAAAGAGGUGGUACUGCAGCCAGAGUCCGUACAGACAUGGGGACAGAGAACGGUACAAUGGAAGACAUUCAAAGAAUUUUACGCCUUGAUAAUGAUGACAGCUUUGCCAGAAAUUGCUUCAUUUUAGGAUCCAGCACCCACAAUCAGCGAAUAGAGAGCUGGUGGGCUUUCUUAAGGAAACACCAUGCACAGUACUGGAUUAACGUUUUUCAAAAACUGAAGGAUUCAGAUGAUUUCACUGGGGACUUCUUGGACAAGCAGCUGAUUCUUUUCACCUGUUUGAAGAUCAUUGAGGAAGAGCUUCAAAAUGUUGUUCAUUUAUGGAACACUCACAUCAUUCGUCAGAGCAGAAAUGCGAUUGCUCCAAGUGGCCGACCAUGCAUGAUGUAUACCCUCCCGCAGCUUUUUGGUGGACAAGAUUAUUUGAAGCAAGUUUCCGAGCAAGCAGUGGCAACUUGCAAAGCACAUUGUCUUCAGAGGGGACCAGACACAUGUGAUGAAACCGUCUUCUCACUAUCCUGCCUCCUGAUGGCAGAAAACUGUCUUCAUGCACCGACCACACCAAAUGAAGCAAUUGAAGUGUAUCUAUUUUUAAGAGCUUCCAUACGUUCAAACCUGUCAGACGUGUAA